CCCCCCCCCCCGGCACUGAUGCACUCAUGGCUCCCCUUUGAGAACACAUCUCCUGCACCUUGACAACAGUACCUAGCCCCUCCCCUCAUCCGUCGGUUGCCAUGGAGAAGACCUACUCCCUGACCGCUCACUACGAUGAGUUCCAGGAGAUCAAGUAUGGCGGGCGCUACAGCAGCGACGUCCUCAGCAACGGCAUGACCCUCCAACUGGGGGGCAGCCUGGACCGCCACGUGGCGCGGGGCCGUGGGGGCAGCGGCAGCAGCGGCGCCGGGCGCAACCGAGACCCCUGCAGCGCCCACGGGGGCGGGGGCUCGGGGGCGGGCGGCCUGCCACGCUGGAGCCGGCGGGAGAUCUGCCUUCUGUCGGCGCUGGUGUUCGCGGCGGGCAUGUGUGUGAUCCUGGGCAGCAUGCUGGCGCUCAAGUACCUCUCCCUGGAGGCGCAGACCGACCCACUGUGCCGGCACGACUGCCAGCGGCGGCGCACGCUGCUGCGGGCUGCGCGCUUCGUGCAGGCCAACAUCGACCCCACCAUCCAGCCCUGCCAGGACUUCUACUCCUUUGCAUGCGGCGGCUGGCUGCGGCGCCACGGCAUCCCCGAGGACAAGCUGAGCUACGGCAUCAUCACGGCCAUCGGCGAGCACAACGAGGAGAAGCUGCGGCGCCUCCUGCUGGAGCCCGUGAGGCGGCGCGGGGCCGACUCCGCCGAGCGCAAGGUUAAGGACUUCUACCGCUCCUGCAUGGACAUCCGGGAGAUUGACGCCCUGGGCUCUCUGCCCAUGAGCCAGGUGAUUGACAGCUGCGGGGGAUGGGACCUGGUGGCGGCGGCGGCGCCCGGGGGUGCGGGCUGGGAGGACGAGGGCGCCCCCCAGCGGCCCGACUUCAACGAGAUGCUGUACCGGACGCAGGGCGUGUUCAGCACCGCAGUGUUCUUCUCCCUCACCGUCAACGUGGAUGACAAGAACUCGUCCAGGAACGCCAUCCGGAUUGAUCAAGAGGGACUCACAUUACCAGAGAGGAGUCUUUACUUGGGUCAAGAUGAGGACAGUGUCAAGAUCCUCGCAGCUUACAAGGCCCUGAUGGAAAGGCUGCUCAGCAUGCUGGGAGCACACAACGCAACGCUUAAGUCCAAGGAAAUACUCCAGCUGGAAACACGCCUUGCCAAUAUCACCGUCUCAGAAUACGACGACCAGAGGAAAGACAUCAGCAACAUGUACAACCGAAUCACUCUGAGACAACUGCAGCGCAGCGCUCCUGGUUUCCACUGGAAGCGUCUGUUGGACCGCAUCUUCCGCAACAACUUCUCAGAGGAGGAGGAGAUUGUGGUCCUGGCCACUGACUACAUGCAGAAGGUCUCUGAUAUCAUCAAGACCACCUCCAAGAGGGUGCUCCACAACUACAUGCUAUGGCGCAUCGUGGCGGCGCUCAGCGAGCACCUGUCCACCGCCUUCCGGAGCACAAUCCACGAGUUCUCCCGUGAGAUCGACGGCACAGAGCGGCAGCUCGAGCUGGGCCGGCUGUGUCUGACACAGGCCAAUAAGCACUUCGGCAUGGCCCUGGGGGCGAUGUUUGUCCAGCAGCACUUCUCUUCGCAGAGCAAGGCAAAGGUCCAGGAGCUGGUGGAGGACAUCAAGCACUCACUGGAUCUCCGGCUGCAGGAGCUGGACUGGAUGGACGAGACCACCAAGGAGGCAGCCAGAGCAAAGCUCCAGCAUAUGAUGGUGAUGACGGGAUAUCCAGAUUUCCUGCUUAAACCAGAGCUCAUCGACCAGGAGUACGGGUUUGAGGUGGAUGAGAAGAGCUACUUCAAGAACAUCCUCAACAGCAUCAACUUCAACAUCAAGAUGUCUGUUAAGAAAAUUCACAAGGAGGUGGACAAGACUGCCUGGCUCCUGCCCCCCCAGGCCCUGAAUGCCUACUACCUCCCCAACAAGAACCAGAUGGUCUUUCCUGCAGGAAUCCUCCAGCCGACUCUCUAUGACCCUGAGUUCCCACAGUCCCUGAACUACGGGGGCAUUGGCGCCAUCAUAGGCCACGAGCUGACUCACGGCUAUGACGACUGGGGGGGCCAAUACGAUCGCCACGGCAACCUCAAGCAGUGGUGGACGCAGGACUCCUACAGAAAAUUCCAGAAGAAAGCUGAGUGUAUUGUGAAGCUCUACGAUAAUUUCACUGUCUACAACCAGAGGGUGAAUGGUCGUUUGACGCUGGGGGAGAACAUUGCAGACAUGGGAGGCCUAAAGCUUUCCUAUUACGCCUAUCAGAAGUGGGUGAGGGAGCAUGGCCCAGAGAGACCCCUCCCUGGGCUCAAGUACACCCAUGAGCAGCUCCUGUUCAUCGCCUUCGCCCAGAAUUGGUGCAUGAAGCGAAGGUCCCAGUCCAUCUACCUGCAGCUUCUGACCGACAAACACGCCCCCGAGCACUACAGAGUGAUCGGCAGCGUGUCCCAGUUCGACGAGUUCUCCCGCGUGUUCCACUGUCCCAAAGGAUCCCCCAUGCACCCUGCGGAGAAGUGCUCCGUGUGGUGA